AUGAGAGUCUGCUUUGAAGAGGACUCCACCUCUCGUCCCUUCAAUCGGCUUGCUAGGGGCUUUGCAAGCUGCUGUUCGGACCUUGACAGGUGUCCCAUCCAGCUCGGAUCCUUCCAUGAUCCUGAGCCAACUGGUGCCUGCCCACACCUCGCCGACUCCAAGGCCGGUUCCUGUCGAACCUUGGUCGGACCUUGCCCAGCAUGGGACCUCACGGUCAUUGACCUUCCUCACCCUUAUCUGCAUGUGCACCCGCAGAUUGGCCCUCCAGCCUGCUCACCUGUUAAGCGGCCACCAUCCGCUUUCCAGUUUGGGAGCCCAACGCGUGUGCCGCCUGUCGCGAGCACCGCUGCAAAUUCGCUUGGCUACAAGGUCGGUUCCCUGUCGAGCCUUGGCCAAAUGACCUACCCCAACUUCAAUCCCUUCUGUGAGGGACAUGUGGCUUCUGUCCCCUUUUUGCCUGAUGCAAGGCCGUCUGGACUGCCGCCUCAGCCUUCUGCCUUGAACCUCAUGCUUACCAGGCAACGAGAUUUCCUUCCGUCAAUGCUACAGGGGCCUUUGCUUGACACCCCCUUGAAAGACGUCCUGGCAAUCCCAUCGUCGCCAGAGGAAGGCAUCGAAAGGCUGCGCUAUGAGGUCUUUGAGACCACGCGAGACAGGCUCACGAGACCUUCUCGGCGAUAUUGGUCUCCUCUGCAGUAUGCGGCGGACGCCUGCAGCCAAGUCUCGUAUCCGGUUCGGACGAUCCAGUUCCUUACCGUUGCCCUUCCAGACACCCGCAUGCCAAAUGUGGUCCUCACAGCGGCUUCUGUUGCUAGACCUGGACGGGUGCUACCGCUGGACUUUCGUGCAAUCGGCGGAGACAUUUUUACUGUUGCCAUUCUCCGACCCUGCGACACUACUGUUCUAUGGGGUCUGCUUGACAUGAAGGGCAUAACUGCGGGACACUUUCGGUCCCAGGUCGAAGAGGGCAGGGCAGUACUACAGGAUCAGGAGGGACACCCGGUCAGGUACGUCACUCUGAAUACAGCCGUGCUGGAAUGGAUCAGGGCUGUCCCUGCCACUCACGCUGAUGAGCCUGUCAUCGUUGAGCAGCUCCACUACCAAGGUCAUGCCCAGCCUGCGGAGGGACAUGCUGAGGCAGUCCGCAAUGGCGAUCUCGACGAACACUCCUUGGUUCAGGUCAGCUCUUUUUCAUGGGGAGGGGAGGAAGCUGAGUCCCGAGCCUUCUUUUCCGUCUUCGACACGACCAGACAUGUGACACUGCUGCCGAGGGACAGCAAGGCUACAUUGCGGGAUGUUGUUGCCUUUGCCGUCAGCUCUGCGCCCUUUGCCGUCAGAGCGGUGCAAAUCCUUGUCCACUGUGUUGAAAACUUACCUCGGCCCCAGCUCCUACUCUUUCGAGCUGGGGCGCGUCUUGAUUUUGCACCACUUCCAUGGGACCUGCGUCCAUCGGGAGGACCCAUCAAGACGGUGCUGCACAAACAAGGGGAGAACUUCCAUAGUGCCAUUCAAAGCCUGCGGGAUGUCAUGCCUGAAUCUGUGCAGUUAUGCGAGGGGAUCACUCAGGGACAGCUCAUCACCACUGAUGCCGUAGGGAUAGUCGGUGCUUCCCUUCCACGUGACCUUGAUGAGGUUCAGCACUUCCGCGUGGAGCCCAACCUCUUCCCACCACCUGGAGCGGUGCUCUGGCAGGAAUCCACCUUCAGCAGUGCCAGCAGCAGGUGUGUGGGUAACGGCGACUACAUUCAGUUCGCCUCUCCAAACAUGGUGCCUGGAUCGCAGUCCCUCAGCAAACUGAUGGAUCGCUACCCGGUCUUGGCCGCUUUCUCUUGGCCGCAACUCCUUGGGCCUAGCUACAAUCAUCUGGACGUGCCUGCAACGGUACGAGAGCGGCGCAGACUGCAGUGCCCCCAUAUCCACUCUGAGGGAGCAUGUGAAGUGAUUGGCCCUUCGCACCACCCUGUCCGAUUUCGGGUUCCGGUUCCGCAGUUUGCAUCUCUGGAAGAAAUGCGUACAGGAUUGCUCCAAUUCCCAGACUGCCCUGCCUACGCCCUCCAAUGCGCACCGGCCACGGCCCUGUACGGGAUGCGAACUGUCUUCAUCACCUUUGCACAGGCCUCGGGGUACAUCAGCGUGCUCCUGCCUCGUCUUGAUCAACGAGGACAGUACAUUCCCAUGAUGUUGCAACCGCGGGAGCUGGAGCUGCACCUGCACCUGCCAGAGGGGGGGAUCUACAAAUUUCCGCGCAGACCAUGGAUCCACGGCCAGGUUAUUGAGCUGCUUGUUCUUCCCCCCUAUGCAAGGCGCUAUGCAUUUUUCAUUGCGAGAGGACUUCCCUUGCCUGCAGGAACUGGCGCCCCUGCUAAUCCUAACCCGGUGAUGCGAGAUGGAACCACUCUUGCCCAGCUCAACCGGCCGAGACAGCCUGACCAGCGCUGCAAAGGUUUGAGCACGAACCGUCUCGCCGAGGGGUGCGCAUGCUCGGAUGGCCGUGUCUCGUGCCCGGAGCCUGUUUCUCCACCAGCUGAGUCUCCUGGCCUGCAGAUCACCUCGGCACUCAUCGGUCCCAAGCCAGGCGGCAACUCCCUGAAUCCUCAGGGCCCUGGAGAGGGACGAUGCAUUUCGGUUCCCACGCCGUUCGGCCGCCGCCAGAUCGAUGUCCCUGGCCCUGCGCCCCCGGGUCGACGUGAAUCUCUGAAACUUGAUGACCUCCUCCCAGACAAAGGCCCGCGCACUCAGGCACAUGAUGCACCGUCCUGUGUUGCUUGGGCUAUUUGCCCUGAGAUUGUUGACCUUAGCCUCGCUUCACAUGAUGUAAAGCACUUGCAUCAGGACCUUACGCCCCUCUGCAGGGAAUACCGCCCAUUCACGACGGCCUGGAGGGCUCUGCCAGCCUGGAAUGGAACGAGUGCUUGUGACGAACUCCUUGUCUUCACAGAUGGGUCGUUCUUCACAGCAAGGUCGCACGCGACUUGGUCCAUCAUUGUCAUUGCGAGAAUCGGGUGCACCUUUGCUCGAGUCGGUUUCUUUGCUGACUGGACCGAAGUUGCCACUUCCGAACAGCCCUCUGCUUUUGAUGGAGAAGUGGAAGCAUUGCUCCAUGCUGUUGCCCUCGCCUGUGCUCAGCCUGGCCUUAAGGUCUCCAUCCUUAGCGACUGCUCAUCUGCCCUUUUGGUUGCCGAAGGCCAAGGAGGUAUUAACCUACAAUGUCCAGCCUGCCGUGCACUAGCCGGUCUCCUGCUCUUGGCCCGAGCGCGGGGAGUCGAUCUGUCGUUUCAAAAGGUACCCGCUCAUAGCGGCAAUGCUUUCAAUGACAUGGCAGAUGUGCUCGCCAAACAGGUUGGGCGUCAUACGGGACCAUCGCCGUGGCAUGUGCAGUUCGAGGACUUUUACGCCGCCGUCAUUGAACAGUUAGUUGAGCGUUUCUGGAUGACCUGCCCUGCUACAGUAACCCAUCUGGGCCUCCCGGCUCUCACACCAACCGGCACUUGGGGAACUGAGGCGAUGGCCGAACGGCCGAAGCUGCAGCUGGGACAGCAUGUCUUCCCGUCGGCUUGGGGACAGAAGAGACGGCCGGCCUACCGCGAAGGCUAA